AUUAUUUUAGAAUUCGAAACAUUCGCAUUGUAUUUGAUAUUUUUAGUUGGUAUCGUGUUGUUUUUGGGUCGCGUAAACAUGCGCUCAUCGGACAGUAAGUUAGUCCGAAUGUCAGCGCAGUCAGUGUUUGUUGGCCGAAUUAAACGUGUUAUUAGAAAUUGGUAUCAUUUAACGAAUUUAACUCAUUAUGUGUUGAUAGCUUAAAAUAUAUAAUCUUGAAUUAUUAACGAUGCAUACGGAACUAAGAUCUGUAAGCACUAGACGUGAUAACGUACCCAGCCAUUGUGAUACGGGUACGACUUGCGCUAUCACGAUACACAUGCCAAAUCCGCAUGCUGUCGGAUGCGUUGAAAAAUUUGCAACAUUUUUCUCUUUUCUCCUUGUCAUUAUUACAUUUCCGUUUUCGUUAUUCGAAUGUUUUAAGGUCGUCCAAGAGUUUGAACGCGCAGUGAUUUUCCGCCUCGGUCGGUUACGUAAAGGUGGCGUGAGAGGGCCUGGACUCUUCUUCAUAUUACCCUGUGUCGAUACUUACAGAAAAGUUGAUUUAAGAACAGUAUCAUUCGAUGUACCACCCCAAGAGGUCCUCACAAGAGAUUCAGUUACUGUGGCGGUCGAUGCAGUCGUUUACUAUAGAAUAAAGGAACCGUUAAACGCGGUAGUUCGUGUAGCGGAUUAUAGUGCUUCUACUCGUCUCCUCGCUGCGACAACAUUGCGCAAUGUUCUGGGUAUGCGUGACUUAGCCCAGCUGUUAUCCGACCGUGAAGCCAUAAGUCAUAUGAUGCAAACCAACUUGGACGUAGCGACUGAUCCAUGGGGAGUUGAAGUAGAAAGAGUUGAAAUCAAAGAUGUCCGACUCCCAGUACAGUUGCAGAGAGCAAUGGCAGCUGAAGCAGAAGCUGACAGAGAGGCCCGAGCUAAAAUAAUAGCUGCUGAGGGCGAAAUUAAAGCCUCAAAGGCUCUAAGAGAAGCAUCCCUCGUUAUGAUAGACAACCCUACUGCUCUACAAUUAAGAUACCUACAAUCUCUCAACACAAUAUCGGCUGAGAAGAGCUCAACAAUUAUCUUUCCGUUCCCGAUGGAUUUCCUCAAGUGUUUUUUGAGCGGCUCAGGGCCCAGCAUACCUCCGCCGUUACCAGUAUGAAGUUAAAGAUCGUCAUCGUCAUUAUUUAAAAAAAAAAUCUACGUCAUUUCCAAAGACGCGAUCACCACAAAAUUAGUUGUUAUUAAAUUAGAAUUUAUUUCAUUAUCUUUUAUUUUUUGUCCGAAACCUAAGUUUGCAAAUAGUUC